GCUUUUUUGCCUUAUAAUGUUGGUGGGUAGGCGUUCAUCUGCCUUAAAGUUGAACAGGCCUAAAGCAGGUGUGAGUAUUCUUUAUUCUAGUCUUCGACUGUAAAGUGCAAGGUUCUCAACGACGAAGUUAGGAGUUUCAUUCGCUCCGUUAAAAAAAAUACACUUUUUGUGUUCCACGGCGUCGGAAGAAGCGCUUCUCGCCUAAUCCUUCCGACGUUCCACGUUCAUUGGCUACUCCAAGCUGUACCACGUGAAUGAGCUUCUUCCAGUCUUUUCCGAUUGAAUAAUACAGCGGAUGAAGAGAAUCCUGGAUUUAUGCAGAAAAUCCGAAAACUAACCACGUCCAUCACAACCGAUUGACUUCUACGUCGGCCCGCUCUGCUCAAGUGUUAAUGCAGGGAAGACACCAAACUAAGUCAGUCACGACAGAUGAGUCAAUGAACAGCCCACGUCCGCUCAUGCGUCAGUUUUGGGCUCUGUGCAUAAGCGCUUAAGCACAAUGGACCGAAGGGUGGCACUGAGUCAUGUGAUAGACGUUGCAGUGAACGUCGAGUGUCGGAGGAAUAAGGCGAGGAGCACUUUUUCUGACGAAUGGCCACAGUGAAGAAAACAACACUGCACGACAAAUGUUGAAAGCUUACACACCUAUCGCACACCAAAAAAAAUUGUCAGUGAAUUUUGCCUCACAAAUCCCUGUAGUUAAAUUAUGAAAAAAAAAAAAAACGUGCCAUACAUCAGCGCCCAGUUUCGCUAUGUUCUGGGCUUUCACCUUAUAUCUUCGGUGCACUGGAAUUAACGAUAAAGGGCGUACAAUACAAGCACGUGUUGUGCUUCGAAAUGACUAAAAAUUGCAAAUAUUGAAACAGUAAAGCAAAACAGCACAAGACGACAGUGUGCUGCCGAUUAGUCUAAAGAGGCAGUGUCAGAAGGACGGCAGUAUUUCAUUUUUUGCAAUGCAUUGACAAAUAUAAUUGAACGUAACGCUGAUACCAAAACGAAACUUAAUACAUAGUUCGUCUUUCAACCCAUAUAGUGUAUAGUAUAGAGUCAUCAGUAUUUGUUUCACCAUCAUUACGAACCGCACCUUACUGCAUGUUAGUUGACCCCACAUAACUGUACAUUAAUGCACUGAGUAUAUGGCUAGCAAAAAGUGAACGUGGAUACAAUGCAGCAGACACAACUGUCAUGGGUAUUUUCAGAAACUGAGAGGGAAAUAGUGGAAAAACGGCAGAAGAAACGUAUGGCUAAGCCAUGACUUGAUGACGAAUAUGAAAUUGGGGACCCACCCAUUGCAAAGAAGCAAAAAAAUGAUGGCCAGCGUGUGCGGAAAAACAGGGCUGCUGCUCAGCAGGACACGUGGCAGGACAUUCUGCGGGAACAUGUGCCGGAGUCAAAGAAAAGAAAGGCUCGGAUACAUGAAUCCGAUACAGACUCGGUGAGCAGCAGUGACUGUUUGGUAGCAGCUGACGAAGUCAAGAAAGCGGAAGCUGAAGCAACAUUUUGGCGACGUCGCUAUGAAGCAGCAGAAAAGAGGUCCCAGCUCUUGGAAACUAAAGUCAGCAACCUUGAAGAAUGCCGGCAUUCAAAGAUGCUAUUAAUGGAACCAGCCAUAGAAAGAUUCCUGCAAGCUGCAUCCCGUUUGCCUGAGACCACAACUGCAUCAUCAUCUUCAAUGGCCUUGGACAUUGCGGAUGAUGGUCCUACCCACACGUCUUCCGUAUCAGAGGCGUCCCUCUCGCAGGCCAGCAGCCCAUGUUAUGUUUCAAAUGCACCAUUGCCAGCUGCGGGACCUAGCAAGCUUCCACCACCUUUCACACAAGUGGGUGACCAGGUCCACUUGACUUCGGGCGUAUUGGUAACGUCACAGCAAGCAAGAAAGAUCUUCGGGAACAAAAAAGCCACCAUUGUGGUCAAAGAUGCUGCGGAGGCAAUUUGGGGCACGCCGUCUUUGGCACUUCGUACACCCACAGGGAUGAGCACCAAUGGAGACAAGAUGAAGCUGACUCCUUAAAAAGGUUGACGUUGUCAGAGCAACACUCCAUGAAUGGGGAAAAAGACGCAGCGUUUGCAUCACAGACAUUGAAGACAAGCUAAACGCGGUGUUGUCAUCGAAGUGCCAGGACGCUGCUCGCAAGGGAAAGAAUUAAGUACAAGUUGACGUACCUUCUUUAGCCAAGCAAAAUGUCUUCAUCACUCAUGGACAUACUGUAACCUACCUUUUAUUGACUGUGAUAGCCGCGCAGUUUUGUUUCUUUUUGAAAACUUGUUAUUGUUGUGCACAGGAGCACACAUUGCUCACCCUUAGUACCAUCUCGCUAUUGUGAAGUACUGUUCAUUGUUUUGUCUUCUCCUGUUCAGGUCAGGUCAUCUAAAUCUGCCGUACUAUUGAGCCGCGCUGUGCUCUUUUUUUCUUUUUUGUCUUAAAUUGGUGUUUGCAGGCAGUGUCAGUGCUGGCUGACAUCAACUCACUGCUUACACAUCGAUUUUUGUAGCAACGUUUUCUCGGCUUGCUAUCUGAUCUGCAGUCAUAUAAAAUAGAAAACCGAAGGAACCCAAUAUCGGUAUACACAGAAAAGCGAAAUCAGCAUCAGGUGACAUUAUCAGUAGCAUCGUACUUAAGGCCUAAAUAAUAGCUGUAGCACAAUCAGGAACAGACAAACCGUGCAAUGGAGCCUUCUGGCUUACGUUCAGCCAUAUACCAGAACAAGGUCAUCCACAAAAAUAAGAUGUCCACCAUCAUGUGUGGUCAGCCACAAACCUGAAGACUACCUGCAAAUGCCUUUCCAUUGAAAAGAGGAGGGAUUGCUUUCUCUGAAUCUCACUAUAAUGCCAGCAUGCAUCCUGAUAUGUAGGAAGGUGUUUUUCUUGAGAAGGUCAUUAUCACAUGUUCAUAAAAACAUCGGGAAUGCUAUACUCAUUUGGCAUUUGACACAUAAAGCUUGUGGCUUCUUUAACGUUUUAUUAUUUCGUUUUUAUCAGAUAGUGUGCGCUAUCGCCUCACAUAGUAUUUCACAUUAGCCUGGUGUACAGAGCGACAUAUCUGUGGUAACCUACCCCAUUUUAGUGUUUCAUACGUCAUUUUCAGUCAGAGUGCAAAUGUAGGCAUAAUAACUGUCAAUGAGUGAAGUUGCCUAAUUGAGCCAGUGUGUUAUAUACUCAAGAGAAAGAAAAAAGUGUCUAAUAAUAUAUGUUUCAACAUUAAGUUUUUGUAAGUCUAUAUAGGUCGAACACAUUCAUCUGAAAUCUCCAGCCCCUCGAAGAAAGCAGUUGUGUCAGCUCCGUCAUGCAUGCUAAGAUCAUACCACGUCACCUCUGAGUGAGGGUCACUGUUGGUAGUGUAAAUAACGUUCUGUAAAGUGUACAGUACCCUACGUAGUCACAGAACACCGUGUAAGUACUGCGUACCUGGUGUUCUCCUGAAAACAAUAAUGGUACCACUCUGUGAUAUCCCAUACCACCAGUAUGAUGCUGUGCGGCCAGGUGCUGUAGAAUUCCGACAGUUGUGUCUAUCGAACUACGUUUUUGUUGCAAGUGACAAUGUUAACUCAAUUCGGUAAAUCUGUAUCCUCAAUGUGCACCGAGUCAUCUAGCACAGAUUGAGUUCGGAUCAGCUUGAUCCCUUUAUUGUGUUUGGAAAACAAUAAAUUGCUUUAGAACUUGUU